AACAACUAUGCAGUCUUACCUAAACCUGGCUAAAAAUGUACAAAAUCGUGGCGAAUAUAAAAAAAGUAGACCCAUAUAACCUUAAUAUAUGGAUUGACAUAAAUUAAACAUUUAUAAUAAUGAAUAUAUGUAAAUUGUACCGAUCUGAUAAUUUCAUCAAACUACGGUAUAUAUAUAAAUAUAUAUUACCACCCAUAUCAAGUAUACAAAUAAAUGUUUCUAAAUUUCAACCAAGUAUCACCGUGCUGAAAUUCGAAAAGAAUAGGAAAGAUAAAUGGAAUUAUCAUUUCAAAAUACCUUGGAGUUUAUUCAGUGUAGGUGCGGGAAUUGUAAUUUGUGAUGCCAUGCAUUCGGAUAGGGAAGAACAUCGUUUGUUUAAGGCUUGUCUUUUUGGACUAACUCAUGAAGUAGAAAUGUUAGUUAAAAAAGGGAUAGAUGUUAAUAAAAGGCACAAUUUAGGUUGGACUCCACUUUUAGUAGCUACUGUAAAUGGUCGAUAUGAAGUUACUGAGUAUUUAUUGAAAAUGAAUGCAGAUCCUAACCUGAGUGAUAAUUAUGUCAAUCCUAAUAGAACAGCAAAUGAAAAAGGAAUGCAUCCUAUCGAAGUUUUAAUGAUUAGAGAUGAAGAGUUCUCGAAUAGUUUGAAUAAUAAAGCAACAUUUUUGGGUUUCACACCAUUACAUUAUGCUGUUUUAACCGACAAUCUAGAAAUAGUACAACUUCUAGUAAAGUAUGGGGCCAAUCCAACUUUACAAAAUGAUAUGGGACAUACACCAUUAAUGUAUGCAAAAGAACCCAAAAUAAAACAAUAUUUAGAACAGGAAAUUAGUAUGUAUGAAGAGAAAAUGAAAGAAAAGGAAUUAGAAGAACGUAGAAGAUAUCCUCUGGAAGAGAGGUUGAAAAAACACAUUGUCGGUCAAGAAGGAGCAAUAGCAAUUGUUGCUGCAACUAUUCGUAGAAAAGAAAACGGAUGGGCAGAUGAUGAUCAUCCACUAGUAUUUCUAUUUUUGGGUUCAUCAGGAAUUGGUAAAACUGAAUUGGCUAAACAGUUGGCUUCUUAUAUGCACAAAGGAAAAUCGCAGGCAUUCAUUAGGCUUGAUAUGUCAGAAUAUCAAGAAAAACAUGAAGUUGCAAAACUUAUUGGAGCUCCACCAGGCUACAUAGGUCAUGAUGAAGGUGGACAAUUGACAAAGAAAUUGAAAAAGUGCCCUAAUGCGGUAGUUUUAUUUGAUGAGGUUGAUAAGGCACAUGCUGAUGUAUUGACUGUACUUCUUCAACUCUUUGAUGAAGGACGAUUGACUGAUGGUCAAGGGAAAACUAUAGAAUGUAAAGAUGCCAUUUUUAUUAUGACUUCAAACUUGGCAAGUGACGAAAUUGCAAAUCAUGGAUUACAGCUAAGAAAAGAAAUAGAGAAAUUAAAGAGUGAAAGGCUGGCAGUACCAGACUCCAAAGAUGCGGAACAAAAAAUUAGUGAUACUAUAACGGUUUCAAGAAAGUUCAAAGAUGAGGUAGUGAAACCUAUUUUGAAAAGACAUUUCAAGAGAGACGAGUUUUUGGGUAGGAUCAAUGAAAUUGUAUAUUUUUUACCUUUCUCAAGAAAUGAACUCAUACAAUUGGUAACAAGAGAAAUGCAAAUGUGGGCACAGAAGGCAAAAGAAAAACACAAAAUUGAUAUUAUAUGGGAUAGAAGCGUCGAAUCAGCUUUAGCUGACGGUUAUGACGUCAACUAUGGUGCUAGAUCGAUAAAAUAUGAAGUAGAACGUCGUGUCGUUAAUCAAUUAGCGGCUGCUCAUGAAAAAGGUUUCAUAGGCAAAGGAUGUUCCGUUCAAGUAUGCGCAUUGUGGCCAGAUAAUGCCGAUGCCGCAGAAAUCAAGCUCAAAGUGAAAAAUGGUGGGUUGAAAGAUUUUGUUGAUUUGGAUCAAUGGAAGUUGUCGUUAAAAAAUUUAUCAUCGAUAUUUAAGUAAUAAUUUAAUAUGAGAGAUUAUAUGAAUGAUGGAGAUUGGAAACUUGUGGAUAUUAAAGAUUCAUUUGUUCUGUACUAUGUUGAUUCAAAGCAUAAAAAGUGUUUUUAUUAAAACAUCAACUGUAGUACACAUUCCCAACAUUUUCACUAGUCAUUAUUCCAAGUUUUUCAAUCAUCAACAACCGGUUCUGUUUGUUUAAUUAUAUUUGAAAUAUUUUAUUUUUGUUAAUUGCUGAAAUCUGUGAUUAUAUGUUCAUUUGUUAAUAUCUAAUUCAAAAUAUACAGAACUACUAAACCUCAAAUUGGUAUUAUCUUCAAGAAUAAUCUUGGGCUUGUAUUUAUAUAAUCCAAAAUACUCUUUGUAAAUGAUUUAAUUUAAACAAAUUUGGUAGGAAAAACAAACUACAUUUGAGUUAUCGAGAAAAAUAAUAAUUGUUUAAAGAAAUUCCAGCUUUUAAUAAUGGAAUGUUGGAACCUCACUUGAUGUAGGAUGUUGGUUGACAUUUUAAAUGAAAUCCUCACUUUACCAGUUGUUAUAUUAUGGUCGUGUGUAUCAUUUUUUUCAAGAGAAUUAUAUCAUUAAAAUUUGCCUUCAUUUUAUGCACUUUCAAUACUUGAUUUUACAUAAAUAGAAAAUCAAAGCCCCAAAUAAGUACAGUAAGACUCCACUUAACGCUGUUUCGACUUAGCGCUUUAUUAUUUCAACUCGGGGAUUCCCUGAAUUUGUGAGCAGCUGUAAUUUGGGAGUCUAUUAAAAAAAUCAUGGAUAACUGUCAAAAUUUUCCACGAUUGGUUAGGUCACUGAACAUUUCUGCUCGUCUGUUAAACAUUAUUGCGAAAUUGAAAAACUUGAACAUACACAACAACACAGUCCCUGCUGAUUAGCCUACAAAACUUCCCACAAUUUAAGUAAAGUAAUGUAUUUUGUGAAAAGAAAGUCAUUAUUAAUUAUUUUAUGAAGAAAUCCAUUAACCAUUGCCAAUAUCAAAUAAAAAUAAUUCAUUUGGGCGGGUUGAGAACUCAAAAUAAAACUUCCAGAGUUUUUCAAAAUGCCAACGUUUUGAUCUUUAUCAUAUCUAACAAUGUGAUAGCUAUAUCUUGACAGGAUAUUUAUCUUUUCGUGUCGAAUGUGUACAGUGGAAUAUCUAUAACUAAAUAAAUUUGGGUUAACCAGUUUUGACUUACAAAGGCGCGAUUUCUAAGUAUAUUCUUCGAUUUGUGGAGUCAAGUUUAAAUAAUAAUUCAAAUUAAUUUUUAUAUUAUGCAUAUAUAUUUUACAUAUCAAAACAAAUUACAUAUUAGUGAAGUAAAUUGUACACAAACAAAAUCCGUUAUUUUCUUUUGAUUUAAACAAUUAUACAUACAGAUUUAUUAUCAAUUAUUUUUUCAAGCUCGAACAAUAAACUGAAUACUUAUUUUUAUUUGUAUAUAAUUCUUGAAUAAAAAAUUCAAGUAGCAACCCUCGUACUCAAUAUUUUAGGUUAAAGGGUCUCUCAACAAAUUUAGAUACAGGGUCCAUUUAGGGCCAGCUACGCCAAUGUUGAAGAGUAAUUCAGUAUUUGGUAAUUUCAGGAAAUAGGAAUAAAUGAUACAAUCAACUUAUUUUGUUUAUUAUUUUUUAUUUAGAUAAAUAGGUACAUGGUACGAAUUUAAAAUAAAGUCAUUAUCUUUUUGAAAUAUGGAUAUAGUAAUAUAAAGAUAACAUUUUUUGUUAAUUAAAGCUAUAUACUUUUUUGCAAUCAAGGUAUGUUUUACAUAAAAAUACUUCUUUCUAAUACAACAACAGAACUUUCCUAUUAUUUUUUUCUUUUGAACUCACGUUGGUUUGUACAUUUUUUACACAGAACUGCAUUACAGAAUUAUAAACAAUAUAAGAAAAUACAUUCAUUCUAAAAUAUGUUGAUUUACAUGAGCAAAUAGUAUAUUUAAUCGGUUUUAUUGUCGUAUUCCAACACUAAAGGUCGAUUUAUAAAUUUAAAUUAUGUUCACCCUCGAGUUGACUUGAUGACAUCCAAAAAUAAUUCUUUAGAAACUAUUAUACCUACGGUUAACUAAAACAAACACCUCAAUAAUCCAUUUUCCUCUCACAUUUUAGCAAGCUUAAAAAAGGAUAAAAUUAUUGUUAGGAAUUAUGAUUCGAUAAUUUCGAAAUUAAUUCCAAAUUUCCAUAUAUAAAUUACAAUAUUUAAACAAGUUCAAAUUGAUUAUAACAUUUUGAGAUAUAAGUUAAUCAUAAUUAUCUCAAGCCAAUUCUUUUAUUGAAUAUAAUUCUGUAAGUUUUCAUGAUCACCCAGAUAAUAAUUUUCGGUGUAUACAUAUAAAAAUAUCUUGUGUACUUUUAUGUGAAUAAAUACUAAAACUAGGACAGAAUACUCAUUUAACCCUGUGUAUUACCUCAUAAGUAAAAUUGUAGGAAUUUUAUAAAUCAUUUUUUAAUGAGACUUACAGAUUUGUUGAAAAAAUUCAGACUCCUGAAACGUACUCUAGGAGUACUGUGGGGUACAUCAUCUUUUAAGCAGAAUAAAUAUUACUCAAAAUUAAAAAUGAGAUUCUGAAUGUGUUAUUAACUUAUAUUAGGUAUACAUACCUAAAUAUACGAUGAAUAUAGAAACACAAAAUGGGUUUCAGUAUUAAUGCGAAUCAACUAAUAAGAAAUGCUCAAUUAUAUCAGCUUCACCUGUAUGUGGGUUUGUUUGUUUGUAUUUCUUGAUUGGACUAAUAGUAAGUAGCUUAUUUAAUACAAAUUUCGACAAAGAAUUCGAAUCUCCGAUGUCUAUGUUUAUAUCUCUGUUUUUUUCAUUAAUACAAAAGUUUACAAAAUCAUAGACUGAAUAUGUACAGAGGGCAGCAAAUAAUAAUUGAAUCAUAUCAUAUAUGAAUUAUUUUUUCCUAUUUUUCAGCUAUCUAAAGUUGACAAAUCGCUCUAAAAUUGGAAUGGUUCUCUUGUGGCCCUUUUCCCAUAUUUUCAACUACCCUUUAACAGUCCUAAAAUUUUUGCUCUUUUUUGUUUUAAACACAUUUGUACUUAUAGUAGGAUAAGACCAGCAUUUGCAUACUUCGCGAAGCUUCUUUAAAUGCGAUGCCGUCAAACUUAAAAUCGCCGUUUAUUUUUUAAUUAAAUAAAAAAUAUUGGCUACACUUGUCACAGACUAGCAACGCUGCUUAACUUUGCAAAACGUUUCUCACACGCAUAUUUCAUACAAAAUAGCGAAGAGGGUAAAUAUAUUAGAAAGGAGGAAGAUCCCAAAAAUUCUAGAAGUAGGUAAUUCAGAAUAAAAUAGUUCAUUCGUUUGUUUCAAAUGGUAUAUAAAUAAAACUUGUAUUAUUAUUUUUUUUGUUUUAAAGUACCUUAAAACUUUAUCUCCUUUAAAACCGUGUUUGUUUGUGACAGUAAUUAUUAUUCUACAAAUAAUGACAAAACUAGGAGUAUGACUGAAAGAAUUCCUGUGUGGCGACGGACUAUUGGUUGCCAAGUGUAAUGAGAACUGACGAUGUGGUACUGCUAUAUCUUGUCGAGUGCAUCAAAUAUGAAUUAUGUAUAUCUGCAAUCAUUCUAGAAAAAUCAAAACCCUUUACUUCGUAAAAACGUGAACAAUUUGAAAAAGUUAGAUUAGAAUUAUCAGUUUCAUGUUUAACUAAAGUUUAAACUACUCUCAGACCGCCGAUAACGUUUAAACCGAAGUUUCUCGGAGGAAAUGUCGUUAUCUGUGGUUAAAACUGACUGUGGAGGUUUAAACUUCACUUGUAAGGCUUCUUUAAAUGCGAUGUCGUCAUACUUAAAAACACCGUUGAUUUUUCGAUUGAAUAAAAAAUAUUGGCCACACUUGUCACAGACUGGCAACACUGCUUAACUUUGCAAAACGUUUCUUUAGACGCAUAUUCCAUACAAAACAGCGAAAAUAGUAAAUAUAUGGGAAAGAAGGAAGAUUUAAAAAACUCUUGUAGUAGGUAAUUCAGAAUAAAAUAGUUUAUUCGUAGUACUUUUUUGUAUUAAAGUACCAUAAAAUUAGGUCUCCUUUAAAACCGUCUUUGUUUGUGACAUGUAAUUAUUAUUUUACAAAUAAUGGCAGAAUUAUGACUUGAAGAAUUCCUGUGUGGCGACGGAUGAUUAGCUGCCGAGUGUAAUAGGAACUAAGGAUGUGGUACAACUUUUGGUUAACAUCUCGUCGAGUGCACGAAAUAUGAAUUAUAUAUCUUCAAUAAUUUUAGCAAAAUCAAAACCCUUUCUUCAAUCAUUUUAGCAAAAUCAAAACCCUCAAGAACUCAAGGUUACAUCAUAAAAUCGUGAAUAAUUCUAAAAAGCUAGGUUAGAAUUCUCAGUUUCAUGUUUAACUAAAGUUUGAACUACCCCCAGACCGCCGAUAACAUUUAAAUCAAAGUUUAUCGGUAAAUACUAUUUGUAAAAGGUAAAAACUUCGUUGUCCAUGGUUUAUAACUGACGUUUGAGUCUUCAAAAUCACUUGCGAAAUGGCACCUCAAUCGGGUUGCAGUCAUACGAUAUGAUGCUAUUAUAUUAAUACUAUUAUUAAUUUUCUUUUACAGUUUUCUAUGAAAAGUUCUUAUUAUCGCUAAUAAUAACCCAACGACAUUGAUAACUGUUCAAAAAACAUUUAAAACAGAUUUAGAAAGUAUGUUUCUUGCUAAUUAUAGGAAAAAUACAAAGCAGAAACAUUUUAUUUGAAAAUUAGAAAAAUUAACACAAGAACCAUUAGAAAAGUGAAGGCCCAGACGUGUUAGUUUCUAUAACUGAUGAAGAUCUAUUUCCAAUACGCAUACCGUUAGCUCUCGCUCUUAUACACCAUGUUGACCAAUCGACUAAGCGCGGUUGAUUCAUUAGAGUGAUUAGUAUUUUUUUCUUGGUAUUCAAACCAAUCGCUUCAGUAGACGAUUUUGUCCAAUUUUUAGUCGUAUUCCUUUCAAUAGGCAUAUUAUCAUACCAGUGAUCAUUUCCAGAUUUCCAAUGACGAUUCAUUCUUAGAAAUAAUCUGUUGAUUUUAAUAUUUGGGCCCCUUUCUAUUAAAACUUUGCUUUUAGUACAUAUUCUUGAACCACCUUGGCGAAUUUUCGUGAAUACAGGAUUAUAUUCAACUCGAUUUGUUACACAACUAUCAUUGUGUGAUUUGAUACAGUCAAGCGAAUAGCAGCUUCCCGACCUCGCCAAGCUAAUUCUACCGCGGCUAUGUGAUAGAAUUUCCGUUUCAGUCCUUCGGGGAUAUUUUCAUUCCACAAAUUUAUCAUUUUUGUUAUUUCUUUUGGAUAGGUUAAUAAUAACUUUCACUCCUUUAUAAUGGUUCUCUUGUAACAGCUUACUUGUUUGUUAGGUUCCACCAAUCCUUUCAAAUCAACGCCAAUUCUUCCGCCGUCUGAUGUCAAUCUAACUGAUACUUUUUAUCAUUGCAAAAGUCGAUAAUGCUUUCCGUACAAAUUUGUUACUGUAUACGGUAAUUUUUAGUAUAUUUAUUUCUAUAAUUUCGUAAUAUUCUCGUCAAUAUUAACAUAUUUUGAAAUAUUAAAUAUUUUAAACGUCAAAAUUGAAAUGAAUCAACGUGGUAAACGUGAUAAAGUGAAAACAGCCCAUGGGAUCUGUUAGAGACAGUAUCACAUUUUUUUGAAACACUCUGUAUGUAGAAAAUUUCAAUUAUUUAGUCUAUUUAAUUUUCCUACAACCUUGCUGGAUAAAAAAUACAUUAUUUGCAUGAUUUUUUUAAAUGUUUGUUAUGGUUAAAGGAAACAUGUUGAUACCUGCAAGUCUCAAUAAAAAUGUUCAAGUAAUAAAUUUCAAAUUGAUUACCAGAUAAAUACUUAAAUACAUCCUUUCUUACACCAAUCUUAUUCCUAAGAGUUACCCAACACAUUAUAGAUUAUAAUAUAUAGAACUUUUACCUGAAUUUGUGGGAUGUACUUUUCAAAUCAACCGCUAAACCAUAUGCGUAAUUCUUGAGUUUCAUAUCAAAAAGCAGCAUCCCACUUUUACUCUGAAUUCAGUCUUGUAAACAAACUUAAAUUUAAUCAAUCAAUUCAUGUUUACUAUACAAUAACAAUUAGAUCCACUAUUAUAUGUAUUUCUUUUUAAUUUGAACUAUUAAAAUGGUAAUGUGAUAUGUUAGAAAUUAUUUAUCUGCCCAACUUCAGUUUAAUGCUUUGCAGGUUAAUAAGCAAAUAGUACACAUUUAUUUUUGAUUUUCGAAACAGUAGUUUUGAAAUUAUGUAAUUUACUUUGAAAAAAAGGUACAAACUAUUGUUUAUACCAAAUGGUAAGCUAUUGUCGAAAAAAACUAUUCUUCACAGAUGUAGAUAAUAUUUCUUUUUUAAAAAAAUAGUUGGUAAUGUACCAACUGGCGACAACAUCAGUUUAAUGGUACCUCGUAUAAAUAAACAAAAAUCAGACCAAUAUAAAAUGCGGUAUUUUUUACAAAUAAUUUGGUGUUCAAUAGAGUUUGUGAUUUAUUUCGUUCGGUAUACAAUUGCUAGAUUCAAAGUUAUCAAGAAACAUAAAUUUCAUUACGCCAGUUCCACACAUUGGGGUCAAUUCCCAGGAUUUUUCGGGACAGUUCCGAUUUCCAUUCGCUUAUCCCGUGUUCCGCCUUGUCUGCCCUCAAGUCACAGAUUGCCCCGGGUUUGGGAGUUAAAGAGUAAAAAUGUAACAAGACAAUCUACCUUCGGGAAAAAAGGUUCCAAGAGUUCGUAGAGGAAGCCGAAAUACAAUGGCAAAUGCUUGUCAAACAUGUACCAACUAGUUAGGCCUAGUACCUAUUUUAACAUCUUAUCCUGCUCUUGUUUCGUAUUUUCACGCUUUAGCGCCCAAAUACGUUGAAACGACGGUUGAGCUUAGAAGAUUUGGGCCAAAAUCAACCAAAAACAUUUGAUCACUCGAAAUCACUGAAUUUCUUAAUUUUCUUGUUAAUAUAAGCGCCAAAAUGGAAAACGAAAAAGGCAUCUUAAGAAAACUGGAACUGCAGCUAUGAAACGUUUAAAAGAACAAAUUAGUUUUAGGAAAGAACAAUUAACAAUUUUUUGGUUCUCAAGUGACGAUGAAAAAAAUCAAGCAGAUGAAGAUGUCGUUUCUCGAAUUGCAGUUUCCGAUUUACAAAUUUUUUAAGACAAUAUUAGUCACUAUUUAGAUAAGCAUUUUGACUUCAGCGAUGAUAACGAAAAUAUCUUGUCUAUUCAUGACAGAGGAAAUCUCUCUUAAAUACCUUUUAGAAACUACCACUGUAUUGAUCAUAGAGAAAAAAAAUCUGUAGCUUAUCCAUUCGAUAAUCAUUCUAUCGUAAAACCAGGUUUUUCUGAAGUUAGUAAGUUCCAGUUUGAUAAUUUAGGAGAUGCAGGGUGUGUCCUGUGUGAAUUACACUGAUUUUUAGCUAAUUAUAAAUAAGAUAAUUGCCUGAUACGUAGCCAAAACAAAACAUCAGAGGGAAAAGUAGUGACUGAUGAAGAAUGAAGACAAUACUGCAAUGCAUCCUUUAUAUUUUGUUCAUUUGUUAAUUUUUUGUGAUAAAAUAUAAAAUCUUAUUCAUUGAUUGAGUAUCGCCCGGAGUUGGCAACAACAUUUGUAGAGCGGUUUAAUAAAGUGCUUCCAAAUUAGCACCAAGGUCAUUUUUUUUAUUUUUCCAAAGUUGAGAGGCUUGCGAAAUAAAUUACUUUAUGUGCAUGCUUCUAUCACGGCAUUCCUGUUUUAAAGUUGAGAAUUUCGAGGGUUCUACAAAAUCGGCUCCGCUUGAUGCAGUUCUAGAAAUUCCCAAACUAAUUUAUAAAAAUUUACUUUAAUUGAUUAAACCCCUAUUUGAACUCUAAUAAGACUAAAUAUGAAACAGAUGUUUGCUCGGUAAAACGAUUGACAAGACAAAUAUCUUCGAUCUUCUUCAAAAAACCAAUAAGGGUUGAUGAAGUCCCAUUAAUAUUUUACAAAUAUUAGCGCCAACCCUAUUUGGUUCAGCCAUACAUAGAACGAAUGCAGCUGGUGUUAAUAUCUACAAUGCGUGGAGCUGGUGUAAGGUAGAGUUGGCAACGUUAAUUUCCAGGUUCUAGACUCUAGAGUUUUAAUUUAAUUAAAUAUUUUAAUACUAUCUCAAGUUAAUUAGCUGAUUAUGAUCAUUGUACAAUAAACAAAGGAUUUUUGAUUAAGUAGCUUUAUGAUAAAUGAAGCAUUUUAGAAAUAUCUUGGUAUUAUUAAAUUGAAUUGCCAAAAUGGUCUUUAGUUGGUGUUUAGAUAUGUCGUACAUAGUAUAAAUAUCAAAAAUAACUACACAGAAGAGGGAAAUAGUUAAAUGUUCUAAAAAAUUUUUAUCGGGUCUUCAUAAAUGUUAAUUAUUUUUUAUAAAUAUUUUUCGUUUGUAUAUAAUCACAACUUCGCGUUCUCUGCCUAUAAAUUUUUAAUUCUACUUAUGAACAUUAAUAACUUUACAAAUUUAAAAUACCACGAAACGCCUUUUCGCAAAAUUGUUUUUUAUUAUUAUAAUAAAUUUAUCGUGGGUCGAAAGUGCCUGAUUUUAAAAUUUUCCUUUUUUAUUUGUAUUUCAAUACAGAAUAUGAAAAAAAUUCGGUUAGACAAUAACAAUUCUUGCUUGUUGGGAAAGAAUAAUUUUCAAUAUUCGUGCACCGAUUUUUAAUGAACUAUUAGAUAUAUCAAAUCUGAAGAGCAAUUAUUACAGUGAUAAAAAAUAUAUUGUACCAAUUAAUAAUAACUUUUUCUUUAGAUUCUUUGCCUACAUCUGUAAAAACAGUAAAUUCGAAUUAUUAGAAUUGUUUCUCAUUUACGGACAACAGUGUGGGACGUUAUGAACAGCAUUACUUAGGUUAAGAUCUUAUCACCAAAUUUCUUUUGUAUGUUUACAAAAAAAAGAAUCCAUUAAACAGUUCUUCAACAUCAAAUACAUCAAUUAAAUGAUAUAAAUACAUAAAUAGGGUACAUUGAAUGUAUAGUUAAAUGGGUUAUUUACAUAUAAAACGACCGGUAGACUUACAGCCUAGGUAACAACGUAGGUAAUAAUACAAAGUGAUUUAAAUAUCGCAAAAUAUUUCGGUAUGACUAUCAAAAGGUUUUUGUUCACAGGCAGGGAACUGGUAGGUGUCAAAAACAAUUCUUUCAAAAAUAUCUUUAAAAAAUUCAGUAAUGUAGGCUCAAAGGAUUGUACUUACAAUUAUAUUGAAAUAAAUUUGAUGGAUCAUUAAUAUAACUUAUAAUUAUAUCAAAAUUAUAAUAAAAAAAUUAUUAGUUUUUGUACACAUACCCAUCUGUCCCAUAUAUAUAUUUUUUUUCAUCGAAGCAGCUUUGGCAAAUGAACUCUAAUGUAUUAAAUGCCUCUGUUGGCAUUCAAAAACAUUCUCGUUUAUUCAAUUUGAUGGUCCCUGUAGCCAGCAUUUACUAAAAUGAACAUUUUUUUUAAAAUUUCAUCCAAAUAAAAAACAGCGGAGCUUAAAAUCUGCUGUUUUAUAAGUGUACCUAAGAAAGGAACUAUUGGUGUAUUCUCAAAGAGUUGCAAACCGUCAAAUGCGCUGCUUUUCGACGUUGAAUCAUUCAAGUAUAAGCACGAAGUGAAAAAUUUCAUGAGUGCGUAAUGGGCUUACAACUCGUGUAACGUACUAUACUUUUUCUACGCCCAUUCAUGCAUGCUACUUAAGAAAACGCGUCCUAUUUUUAAAGAAAUUGCAUAAUGUGCUGCCUACAUUUAGAGGCAUCACUGCUUCAAUCCUAAAUAUGUCUCGGUAAUGCUAAAAGUUUUUAUGUUUUUAAAUUGACUAAAUUUGUGUAAAUAGACCAAAUAAAGUCUUACUUAAAUAAAAAUUUGAUUGUAAUUUAAUUAAACCAAGAAGUUUAAGUUUUCUUCUCAAAACGCACGUGUAUG